AUGCGCGUCAUUAGUAUAUUUUUCGUUUCUCUCUUAUUCACAUUGACAUUCAAAGCUGAAGCAACAAACACAAAUUUUUCAUAUCCAUCAACAUUCCAAUUUUUUCAUGUUCCGGAUCAAACUCAAAAACAUGACGUCUUCAUUAGCUUUCGCGGUCCGGGUAUUCGCCACGGUUUUCUUGCCGAUUUGGUUGAAGCUUUGUCUCAAAAGAAAAUAACUUUCUUCAUAGACAAUGAACUUAUAAAAGGAGAUGAAAUAGCAGAAUCACUUGUUCAAGCAAUUGAAACAGCUUCGAUUUCUUUGGUUAUAUUCACUGAAAACUAUGCUUCUUCUUCAUGGUGUUUGGAUGAGCUAGUCAAAAUUGUGGAGUGUAGAGAGAAAAAAAGACGGGUUUUGUUGCCUGUUUUCUACAAGGUUGACCCCAGAACUGUGAGGCAUCAAAAUGGAAGUUAUGGAAGUGAUUUUGAUGAACAUGACAUGAAAUUUAGUUUGAGCAAGGUGCAACGGUGGAGAUAUGCUUUGAAGAAAGCAGCAGAUGUCAAUGGCUUUCAUUCAUCGAAUUAUUUGUAA